AUGUCGAGCCUCAGGUCGUAUAGCGACGACGACGACAGCAGCGAGUAUGGCUACAACCUGAGCCCGGAGGAGGAAAGACUUCUUUGCGCACUUGCGGACCGCAUUUCUCCCGUGGUUCCAACGUCGGCCCCGCCAGAACCAGCGCCGACGAAAGUUCCAGCGCCCGCACCGCGGAUCCCAGCUCCGCGUACGUCACGACCACCGCCCUCCCCACCCAAGCCCUCCAAGCCCUCCCAACCCACAAUAGAUUCAAAGGCCCCAUCUUCAUCAUGGGAUCCGCCCGUACCCGAAGUUGUUUCGGUCUACAGACCCCCAACAGUGCCCCAGAAUAAACCGAGGCCAUCGCAGCUAGUCAAGCCGAGGUGGGACAUCAGUGGCGGCAUCAAACCCGAUGCUUCUCAAGCCGUUGAUGAAGCGCUCGACGCCCUCAGUGAGAACGACUUGAAAUUUGACAUCAUCCAGCUCACCCCCGAAACGAACCCUCGUACCUAUCGUCAUGGCUCGGCAAAUUCUAAGCAUGUGGGCAGGGAGAGCGGUGACAGUCAGGACAGUGGAAUCUGGAAUGCGCCGCGCAGCAGUGGCAGCCGUGUGUCUUUCGACGUCAAGCACAAGACAGCGCGCAUGUCUACCGUGGAUACAAUACCGGACGUCAACUACCCGGACCGUGAGUUGUCUGCCCCCGGCUUUGUCGCCUGUCUAACUGACCAGACACCUCGACUAGUGAGUCAGGCGCUUGCUGGCGUCAGCGACACGUCGUUAUCUGUGUCGGAUGAGAACCCCCAACACAUGCUCGAGAUAGAAGUCAAGAGACUCAAUGGCGUUGUUCCGUCGCCCCUCGCCCAGUUUCGAUCUUUUCCAAAGAAACCACUGUCUGUUACUGAUCUUACAGCCGGGCUAUGGUGCGAGUUGCAGCACUACUACACACUGUCGAGACUUCCGUUUGGCAGAAGGACGCAAACUCCUGCCAUGAAGAGGGGCUCCAAGGUUCACGAGAAGCUCGAGCGCGAAGUUUUUCAGCCCGUUACAGUCACCAUCGCUAAAAAGGUGGACAAUUUAGGUCUGCAAAUGUGGAAUGUCAUUUUGGGUUUACGAACACUUCGCGAUACUGGCUCAACCCGGGAACUGCAGGUUUGGGGCAUGGUAGACGGCAACCUGGUGAACGGUGUCAUUGACUACCUCAGCUACGAGAAUCCCGAUUCCGAACUAGAAGAGGAGACUCUCAGCAGUCGCGGAAGCCAAACCACCGCCUCACAACGCCUCGCUGACACCAUGAUGCAAGUCUACAUAACCGACAUCAAGACUCGUCUCACUCCCAAGCCCCCGUCUAAACCCCAGGUUCACAUGUCCCUGAUCCAGCUGUUCCUGUACCACCGUUUUCUCAGUGAGAUGGCCUCUGACAAACUCGACUACUUCCAGAUCUUUGGCCGGUACAACUUGAACCCCGAGGAACCCUUCUCAGACUCGUUUAUGGCUCAAAUGGGCGCUCUGCAUGAAGAGGUGUUUGAGAAUGGGGAUUCAGAAAGCGAAACGGAAGGGGCGUCAGAAUGGGUGUAUGAAUCCGAAAGCGCCAGGACCACCACUACAUCCACGACAACCACCACGACGGAAUCCUCUGCUUAUUUCUCUGCCCCGGCGUCACCCGGUGCAGGGAAACGACCCAAGGGUCUCAAGUACGGCAAUCUCCAAUCGUUGCUAGGGCUUUUGAAGUUUGAGCUCCAGGUCACCUUUCCACAUGGAGCAUCGGAUAUCGGACAGAUAGUAGCUGUGGAAUAUCGCUCUCGAGGCAAGGGGAAGGCACCGGCUGCUGCUGAGGAAGAAGAUGAAGACGAGAUAGACAAGGAUGAGGGGAGGGUCAUCUCCACGACUACGUAUUUUGUCGAGCCGGGCACGCUGGAUACGUAUCUUGCGCAGACUAUGCCUUGGUGGAAGGGGGAGAGGGAGCCGAGGGGGGUGGAGAUGGAGGAUGCGUUCAAGUGUGGGUAUUGCGAGUUUGCGGGGGAGUGUGAGUGGAGGGCGAAGAUGGAUGAUGAGGUGGUCAGGAAGGCGAGGGCGAACAGGGCUAGACGAGAAAGGAAGAGGAUGAAGGAGGAGGGGGCGGUGGUUGUUGGGGAGGGGUUGGAGGGGGAGCAGGGGGAGAAGCCGGUUUUGGAGGAGUAUAGUGGGGAUGUGGAGGAGAGCGCGUCGCAGAGGAAGAAGAAGGGGAAGAAGAGGGGUGGUGAGGAGAAGAAGAGUAGGAGUAGGAAGAGGCAGAGUGCCAGUCAGGAGGGGAUUGCGUGGUGA